AUGUACAAGAUAAUUCUAGCAGCUGCAGUAGUAGCGGUGGUCGCGGCACGUCCACAGGAUGGUCACCACCACGAGCACCACCACGCCUCCUCCUCACAGAGCAUCAAACAGUACCACGGGAAAGCUACUGAGAAACAUGUCGAGUACUAUGGCCAUCCCAAAUAUGAGUUCGCGUACAAAGUGGUAGACCCACACACUGGUGACAAGAAAUCUCAGCAUGAGUCUCGUGAUGGUGACGUCGUGAAGGGCGUUUACAGCCUGCACCAGCCCGAUGGUACUAUCAGGAUCGUGGAGUACCAUGCUGACAAGAAGACUGGGUUCAACGCCAACGUGAAGUACGAAGGUCACGCAGUACACAUCGUUCCCGAACACUUCCUAACGACUGUUAUAUAG